UCAGUUUCUAUUCUUCCUUACCAUGGCAGCAGUUUCAUUUCUGGACUGUCAGCUGGAGAGUGUAUAAAAAGGUGGGCUGAGCAGUCUCUGUGUGCUGCCCUGGAAUUCUCACCAGCAGAAAGCAGCAUGUCUGACCGGAACGUCCACAAUGCUGGCUUCACUCCCUCUGGGAUCACAGGAGGAUCUCUUGCUUCAUCACUGAUGUCUCAAGAAGCCAGAGCCUCUGGGGGAGGUGUGCCUUCUGGAGGAGCCACUUCUACUCUCCAGGAAAUGGGUGCCAGAGGCACAACCCACUCAUCAGGCUAUACCAGCAGCGGGAUCUCUGGUGGAUCCAGGGCUUCUGACACAAUGUCCAAGGAGGCCUCAGCUCAUGGAGGUGGAGUUCCCAGGGGUGGCACAACUUCCACUGUCCAGUCCAUUGCCAUGGGUGGAAAAGGAGGAAGACGCUGAAUAGAAGAAAAUAUCAGUCCAAAACUGAAAGCAGUUCAUUCUUUGCCAUCAGCUUUGACAUCUUCUCCCCUUUUAUUAUCUCCCUGCUAUGCCUUCCACGUGCACAAAUAGUUUCUGUUAAAAUGAUGGAUUCUUUGUUUAAAUUAAUGGGGACAGAGAUGCGGGGCAGUUCUUUCCUUGAUUAAAUAUUCUUUGAAGCACAGACAAGCACAAGCCAAUAGAAGUACUUGGACUGCAAGGCUGCCUUAGGUAUAUCCUGGGUUUAGCAACACUUGGCUCUUCAAUUGCAAGUAGCUUGCUAUGUUUAUUUCACAAAAAGUCAUUACAGUGAAAGUCAUCCUGUUGUGAGAGAGAAGCAUAGAAACACUUGGUAAAGGGUAGUUCCUUCUGGAUGUAUUUCUAAUAUGCUAUCAAAUUAAAUCCUACUUAAUAAAGGAGACAUAUAAUCAAACAAAAA